ACAUAUGUUCUUUGACGUUUACUCAAAGAAUCAACAACAAGAAAAAAUGGAUCAUUUCGUCUGCAGUUUUCUACUAAGACUUAAUUUAUAAACAUAGAAAAACAAUAAUGAUAGUUAAUAAUAUUUUUAUAAUUUAUUUAGCACUAACACUUCCUUCAAUUGUAUUAUGUGUAAGAAAGUAUUCGACCGCUCGAAAAAUUAAGUUAAGAGAGGAAGUUCGCGGAAUGUUUCAACAUGCCUACGAAGGAUAUCUCCGUCAUGCAAGUGAUUAUGACGAGCUACGACCAUUAACCUGUGAUGGUAUCAACACCUGGGGGAGUUACUCAUUGACUCUAAUUGACGCCUUAGAUACACUGGCGGUUAUGGGAAACUUUACAGAGUUUCGACGCGUUGCUCGUUUAAUUAUCGAACGAAUGAAUUUUGAUACUGAUAUCAACGUAUCUGUCUUUGAGACAAAUAUUCGUAUAGUUGGGGGCCUGCUUAGCGCUCAUUUAAUGUCACACAAGGCUGGCCUAGAACUGGAACCUGGCUGGCCAUGCAAUGGUCCACUUUUAAGACUAGCCGAAGAUGUGGCUAAAAGACUUUUACCAGCUUUCGAUAGUAAAACUGGAAUGCCCUACGGUACAGUCAAUCUUAGACACGGAGUGCCGCCUGGUGAGACAUCUGUUACAUGCACGGCAGGUGUUGGUACUUUCAUUAUAGAAUUUGGAGCCCUCAGUCGCUUGACAGGUGACCCUAUCUACGAAGAAGUAGCUCUGAAUGCUAUAUACUCGUUGUGGGAGCAUCGUUCUAGUAUUGGAUUGCUGGGAAAUCAUAUUGAUGUUCAGACAGGGAGAUGGACGGCUCAAGAUGCCGGCAUAGGGGCAGGAGUUGAUUCGUUUUUUGAAUACCUGGUCAAAGGUUCGAUAAUGCUAAACCGGCCUGAUUUAUUGGAGCUGUUCCAUAAAGGCCGUAAAAAAAUUGACAAAUAUAUGAAACGUGAUGAUUGGUAUGUGUGGGUGGGCAUGAACAAAGGACAGGUAACAUUACCUGUUUUCCAAUCAUUGGAAGCAUAUUGGCCAGGUGUAUUGAGCCUUAUUGGCGAUAUAAGUCCUGCUAUGAAAACACUACACACUUAUCAUAGUGUGUGGAGGCAGUAUGGAUUUUUGCCAGAAUUUUAUAACAUUCCUGCAGCCGAGGCUGGUUCAAAUAGAGAGAGUUAUCCCUUGAGACCGGAAUUAGCUGAAUCGGCAAUGUAUUUGUAUAGAGCCACAAAAGAUCCCUAUCUAUUAGAAGUUGGUGAAGAUAUGGUUACCAGUAUUGAAUACAGUGCAAAGACGUCUUGUGGAUACGCAACAAUAAGAAACGUUCGAGAUCAUCGCAAAGACAAUCGAAUGGAGUCAUUUUUUCUCUCCGAAACCACAAAAUACCUGUACCUUUUGUUUGAUGAAGACAAUUUUCUUCAUAACAACGGUGGUCACGGUCGGUUGUUUGAAACUCCAAACGGUGUUUGCAUUAUCGAAUCAGGCGGAUAUAUUUUCAACACAGAAGGUCAUCCAAUCGAUCCAUCAGCCUUACAAUGCUGCCACGAUCAACCCGGAAAAGAUUUAUUUGCCGAAUUUGAUCUUGCAAACUUCCAUAGAGAUGUCCUGAAGCAUAACGAGCUUGAACAGCACAAAGUUCAGGAGGAUAAAAUGGCAAAAUACAAUUGCCCUGAAGUCAGUAGAACAAUAGAUAACAAACGCACAGAGGCAAAUCUAUCAAUUGAUAUUGAAGUCCUUGACACUAAUGAAAGUGGCACUGACUUGGCCAAUGAAAUGUUAGAAAAUUUCAAAAAAAUUCAAGACGAAGCCCUCAAUCUGCAAAAUCAUAUCGAACCGUUUUAUAUCAGAGAUAUAAUUGAAGCUAUUAACGAAGUAAAUACAAUCGAUGAAAUGCCAACAGCUCUAUUAGCCUUUAUGGAAAAUCACAUAAUUGACCCUGAGAAAAUAAGACAUCUUUUUCAAAUCAAUUCGUCCGCUUUAACGGAGAUAGAUUUGUCAAAACCACGGUCUAUCUGGAGUUUAUAUAUGGAACAGCAUAGAUUACGUGCCAAUAUUGUCGUAGUCGAGACAUUGAACCUCCAAAAGUUUGACAAAUAUCAGAACGAAACACACGCCACUGUUAACGAAAUUCUGAGACUACUCAACGCAUCAAUAUUGGAUUUGGAUAAAUUGGUCAACAGUUCGAGAGUUCUUCGAAUUAUUUUACUUGCUCAACAAUGGUAUAGGACUAAAAUGUCUAAUCCCAGUGAUAUGCUUGAAUUUACAAGACUUUUCGCAGUGGACAGUAAAGACGAAAACACAUUUCAAGAUCUAAUAGAGUCAAAGAAGAAGCUUUCCUCAUUGCCUGAUCCCGAUGUACCAACAUCGAAUUCUAUUGAUUUGGAUUUAUUUGAAAAACUGAUUAAGCUUGUUCGGUUUAAGAAACGUAUGAUAGACACAUUCCAGAAAUUGCAGUCAUUGAUUGAUAGCAAUGAAAAAAAAGACUCCGCACAUUCAACACCUUCACCGACGAAUUUAAAGGAACAUGAUUCGGGAGAAGAAUUCGAUGACACUACCACAUCUAAAAAUGACGAACUUAUUUCAAUAGAUUCAAAGAGAUCGAGUAGUAAGGAAGAAACUUCGACAGAAACUUCGCCUAGUCAAUUUUUUAAACAAAAGCCAGAUGCAGUUGGUGAAGAGUCCACAAAUAAUUCCAUUUUGACGGAAUUUGUUCAUUCCAUUAUUAAAUCAACGCUUCCUGCGAAGCCGAAGUUCGAUGAACAAAUGUUUCUCAAAAAAAUUCGUUCGCAGGGUGUUUAUAUGAAUCGAUCUCAAAAGUAUGAACUUUUGACGUGCAAAGCUCCAAAGUUUGCCGAACGGUUUGCUUAUCGCUAUGAAGUUGUGUGAUAAUUUGUUUGAACUAUCAUCACAAACCGGUGGACAAGUCCUUUAGUUUGGUAAUUAGAAACUAUUUUUGAUAAAUCAAUAAAAAUUAUUAAUAAAAAAGAAAAAAAGUUUUGAAAUAGAAAAUUUGAAAA